CUUCAGGCAGUUAAAGGGACAUGAUGAGCGGUAUGAUCUCGCAACUGCUAUGCGAGAGGGGUGUCUGCCCCAACUACGCCUGUUACGACAACAGGCACCCCAAUGAUUUACCGUCUGAUCCCGACUUCAAAACAAAACACAAAUAUUUUCGUUUUUGGUUCUAAGCGUUUUGUAAUUCGUUUUGAUUCUAGUUUGAAAACUGCAAAAAUUUUCAUUUUUUUCUAAAAAAACUCUAGUGGUGUAUGGUUUGUCACAUUUCAUUUUUCUAGGUUCUAAACUUUGCAUCAUAUCUCUAAUGUAUUUUGAAUUAAAUUUUUUACAUAUGUAUUUUGUCAUGGUCUAAAGUAGUACAUGUUAAUUCUGUGUUCAAUUCGAAGCUUAGUGUAUAAAAAAAUAGAUUUUUACAUAUGUAUUUUGUAAUGGUCUAAAAUAGUACAUACAUGUUAAUUCUGUGUUCAAUUCGAAGCUUAGUGUAUAAAAAAAUUAGACGAAAAAAAAGAGAACACUUUAUUUAGAAACAGAAGGACCUACCUUCAAAUUUAAGGGAUAACCUCUACGAUUGUAGGGUGCCGCUGAAGUUAGAGAUUCUGCACCCAGCAUAAAAAGGCCCCUCGUCACCUGUCGAUUAUCAUGUUGAUCGGCGGCUUGGGCGCUGUGUGAUGAUAGAAUGGAGCGCAUUGCUCUCGUCUGCACGCCGUUCUGGCCUCGCUCGCCAGCUCGGGCGGCUCCACGUCUUUGUCCUGCAGCAGGGGGCAGUGGAGAUGACCGAUGAGGCCAUCUCCCGCUUCCCUGUCAGCUCUGGAAUGAGAUGCGGCACGAUCUCGUUGCCCUGUUACUCCGCGCCAGCUCCAUCUCCGUCUCCGGCGGCGCUCGCGCAGCACAGACGCUCCACCCGCUGGCGCUCAAGUCCGGGCGCGCCUCGGAGGCUCGCGUGGCGACCGCGCUGGCCGUGGCGUACGCGCGGUGGGGCCUCGUCGCGCACGCACGCCGCGUGUUCGACGAAGCGCCGCGCAGGGACCUGGUCCUCUACAACGCCAUGGUCUCCUGCUAUGCCUCCCACGGUCUCGCGCGCGAGGCCUGGGCGCUCUUUGCCGCCGCGCGGCGCUCCGGGAUCGCCCCCGACGGGUUCACCUUCAGCGCCCUGCUCCGUCCGCCGCCGCGCCGUGGCCGCCACCCAACCGCCGGCGCCGUCGAUGACGGGCUGCUGCUCAGGAUGGGAGCCCUGGCGCACAGCCUCGUGCUCAGGCUGGGUCUCCUCGCAGACGUGGUGGUUGCCACCGCGCUGCUCGACAUGUACGCCAAGUGCGGCCGGGUUGACGAGGCGCGCUGGGUGUUCGACGCUAUGGCGGUCAGGAACGUCGUCUCAUGGAACGCGAUCGUAGUCUGCUAUGGUCGGGUUGGUGGAGGCAAGGACGCUGUUGAGCUGUUCCGGUGGAUGCUGAGAGACGGGAGCUGCUGCCCGGAUGAGCUCACGCUUGCCAGUGUGCUAAGCUCGUGCGCCAGCGUGGCGGCAGCAAACGAGGCUACUCAGGUUCAUGCUUAUGCCAUAAAGAGGGGGUUUCACAGGUUUCUGCAGGUGGCCAAUGCUGUUAUCACAGCGUACGGCAAGACCGGUUUUGCUCGAGAGGCGGGGCAAAUGUUUGCUAUGAUCUGCGACCCAGAUGUAGUUACGUGGUCCUGUAUGGUUUCGUCUUUGGCGUACCUUGGACUAUGCAAGGAUGCAGUUCAUGUGUUUGAGAGAAUGCUCCAACAAGGCGUACAGCCUGACAGCGUCGCCUUCCUUGGGGUUCUUUCUGCCUGCAGCCAUGCCGGGCUCGUUGAAGAAGGCCUGCACUAUUUCCUUAUGAUGGCGAGGGGCUACAACAUCGAUCCAAAUUCACAGCACCUUGCUUGUCUGGUUGAUCUCUUGGGGAGAGCUGGUAGGAUUCAAGAUGCUUACAACAUUGUUAUCAAGCUUUCUUGCGAGAACAAUGCUGAUAUCGUUGGAGCUUUCCUUGGUGCCUGUAAGCUGCGGGGCAAAAUUGAGUUGGCAAAGUGGGCUGCCGAUAGGCUUUUAUGCCUGGAACCAAGUGAGGCAGUAAAUUAUCUGCUUAUGUCUAACGCAUUUGCUGCUGCAGGAGCUUGGAACGAGCUUGCAGAAGUAAGAAGUGUGAUGAGACAUAGGUGUGGCAGCAAGGUUCCUGGUUGUAGUUGGAUAGAGGUAGGUGGAACAGUUCAGACAUUUGUCUCCAACGAUGUGGUGCUCCAUCAGUCGAUUGAAAUGCAACAAAUGGUGCAACUUACUAUUUCGGAAGCACAAAAAGAGUGCAACGAAGACACAACUUGUGGUGAUCCAAUUUUGGUUCAAGAAUGAUUAGUUUGGCAUCUACAAUCGUCCCAGAGCUUACCAAUGUGAUGUUUCUCAUGUAAGUGGUGCCUAGACUCAUAAAGGAAUACGUUGAGGAAGUAUCUACUCAACUGAAAAUGGUCUGUGAUUCUGAUUCAGACGAGUUGCCUCUUGAAGAGAAACUCGCAUUUAUGCAUGAGACAAGACAUGCCUUUGGUAGAACAGCCUUGCUGCUAAGUGGAGGUGCUUCAUUAUGAUCCUUUAAUGUGGGUGUUGUUAAAACAUUGGUAGAACAUAAACUUUUGCCAAGGAUAAUUUCAGGAUCAAGUGUUAGCUAAAUAAUGUGUUCUAUAGUAGCAACAAGAUCAUGGCCUGAGCUGGAGAGCUUUUUUUGAAGAAUGGCAUUCCUUGAGAUCAGGGCUUCUGGAGGCAGCUUUGCUGUCAUCUGCCAAGGUAUGUCAAAUAAUUUCUCGUUGUAUUCUUUUUAUUAAGUUUGGCUUAUUUCCACUUAGAAUGGUGAUACACUUUUUAUUGGACAUGCUUCCAGUCCAUGUAAAACAUAAAUAUAUUUCUUAUUUUUGCCUACAGUUGUCAUA